UUAAUGGCUUCUUCUUCCAGCGCCCGAAGCAGCCGUGCGGCCACAUGCCUCGUGCUGCUUCUCCUGGUCGUCAGCCUCCGAGAAGCCUCCGCCGCGAGGCCGCUCCGGCCAGCCGUCGACAUGCCUAGCGAGGUGCCCAAGGACCAGGUGAUCGUCGACAAGUACGCGCCUCUUCUGCUCGCCAUGCUGCCGAGGGGCCCUGUGCCGCCUUCGGCCCCGAGCGGUGGCACAAAUGAGGCCGGGAACUGAUUCAGCAAGCGCAGGGCUUGCCACUAGGAUGAAUCUAUAGAUCUCUAGAAAUCGUUAGCCAUAAAGUGGUAGAUGGUAUGGACGUACUGUUUUGCAGUACAAGAUACUCGU